GGCUCUCACCUGUCUCAGGUGAGGCUCUCACCUGCGGCCGUGUCCCCGCAGGUGCGGCCAUGGCGGGCGCGGCGCCGCCCGCAGGUGGCCCCGAGCAGCCCUUCACCUGCCGGGAGUGCGGCAAAUCCUUCCGCUGGUCCUCGCGCCUGGCGCACCACCUGCGCAGCCACACAGGUGAGCGCCCCUACAAGUGCCCCGAGUGCCCCAAGGCCUUCAAGGGCUCCUCCGCCCUCCUCUACCACCUGCGGGGCCACACAGGUGAGCGCCCCUACACCUGCGCCACCUGCGGCAAGGGCUUCAAGCGCUCCUCGCUGCUGCAGACGCACCUGCGCGUGCACACGGGGCUGCGCGCCUUCCGCUGCGCCCAGUGCGGCCUCACCUUCAAGUGGGCGUCGCACUACCAGUACCACCUGCGGCAGCACUCAGGUGAGCGGCCCUACCGCUGCCCCACCUGCCCCAAGGCCUUCAAGAACUCCUCCAGCCUGCGGCGGCACCGCCACACCCACACGGGUGAGCGGCCGCACACCUGCGCCACCUGCGGCAAGGGCUUCGCCCAGGCCGCCAACCUGCGGCAGCACCUGCGGGUGCACACGGGCGAGCGGCCGUACACCUGUGCUACCUGCGGGAAGAGCUUCACGCACUCGUCCAACCUGCACCUGCACCGGCGCACGCACUCGGCGGCGCGGCCCUUCCGCUGCCCUGCCUGUCCCAAGGCCUUCGUCAUGGCCGCCUACCUGCAGCGGCACCUGCGCACGCACGGCCCCGCCCCGCGCCGCGCACCUGGCGCUGCCGCGCCUGCGCCGCCGCCGCCCCCUUCUGCUUACCUGCUGCUGCCCGUCCCUGGCGCCGCCUCGCCGCGCAAGGUGCUGCUGGUGCCCGGCCCCGCCCGGCCGCACCUGGCGCAGGUGGGCAGGGGGCAGCGCACCUGGCAGAGCGUGCUGCUCGUACCUGGCGCCGGGCAGGAGGGGGCGGGGCUGCGGCUGCAGGUGGCUGAGGUGGCAGGGGUGACAGGUGUGGCAGGUGUGACAGGUAUAACAGGUGUGGCAGGUGUAGGUGUGGCAGGUGCAGGUGUGAUGGGUGUGACAGGUAUAAAAAGUGUGACAGGUGCAGGUGUGACAGGUGUCACAGGUGUGACAGGUGUGACAGGUGCAGGUGUCACAGGGGUCACAGGUGUGGCAGGUGUCACAGGUGUCACAGGGGUCCCAGGUGUGACAGGUGCAGGUGACACAGGGGUCACAGGUGUGACAGGUGUAGGUGUCACAGGGGUCACAGGUGUGACAGGUGCAGGGGUCACAGGGGUCCCAGGUGUGACAGGUGCAGGUGUCACAGGGGUCACAGGUGUGGCAGGUGUCCAGUUCCAGGUGCUGCCGGUGGCCCCAGAGGUCACCAAUGUCCAGGUGCAAGGUGGGGACCUGACAGGUGUGACAGGUGUGACAGGGGUGCGGCUCCAGGUGCUCCCAGUCCCCUCGGAGGUGACCAGUGUCCAGCUCCAGGUGCUGCCAGCCCCACCUGAGGUCACCAGUGUCCAGCUGCAGGCAGGUGAGGUCACCAACGUCCAGCUCCAGGUGCUGCCAUCGCUACCUGAGGUCACCAACGUCCAGCUCCAGGUGCUGCCACCACCCUCAGGUGGCACAGGUGUGCAGCUCCGGGCAGGUGAGGUCACCAACGUCCAGCUCCAGGUGCUGCCACCACCCUCAGGUGGCACAGGUGUGCAGCUCCGGGCAGGUGAGGUCACCAACGUCCAGCUCCAGGCCCUGCCGCUGACCUCAGGUGUCACCAACGUCCAGCUCCAGGUGUUGCCACCGCCUGCGGGUGGCACAGGUGUCCAGCUCCAGGUGUUGCCAGCACCACCUGAGGUGACCAGUGUCCAGCUCCAGGCCACCGAGGUGCCCAGUGUCCACCUGGAGACCGCGGAGGUGACCGAUGUCCACCUGGAGAUCUCCGAGGUGCCAAGUGCCCACCUGGACAUGUCAGAGGUGCUCAGUGUCCACCUGGAGACCACCGAGGUGCCCAGUGUCCACUUAGAGACCAAUGACAUGACCGAUGCCCACCUGGAGACCUCAGAGGUGACUGAUGCACACCUGGAGACCCCCGAGAUGACCAAUGCCCACCUGGAGACCUCAGAGGUGACCGAUGCCCACCUGGAACCCAUGGAGGUGGCCAAUGCCCACCUGGACAUGUCGGAGGUGCCCAGUGUCCGCCUGGAACCCACGGAGGUGCGCAUUGUCCACCUGCAGACCUCAGAGGUGACCAAUGCCCACCUGGACACCACCGAGGUGCCCAGUGUCCACCUGGAAACCACAGAUGUUCCCAGUGUCCACCUGGACACCUCAAAGGUGCCCAGUGCUCACCUGAAAACCUCAGAGGUGACCGAUGCCCACCUGGAGACCUCAGAGCUGCCCAUUGUCCACCUGGAACCCACGGAGGUGCCCAGUGUCCACCUGGAGACCCCCGAGAUGACCAAUGCCCACCUGGACACCACUGAGGUGACCAGUGCCCACCUGCAGACCAUGGAAGUGACCAGUGUCCACCUGGACACCUCAAAGGUGACCGAUGUCCACCUGCAGACCAUGGAGGUGCCCAGUGUCCACCUGGACACCUCAGAGGUGACCACUGUCCAUCUGGACACCUCAGAACUGCCCAUUGUCCACCUGGAACCCACGGAGGUGCCCAGUGUCCACCUGGACACUUCAGAGCUGCCCAGUGUCCACCUGGAGACCACCGAGGUGCCCACUGUCCACUUAGAGACGUCAGCGCUGCCCAGUGUCCACCUGGAGACCAAUGAGGUGACCGGUGCCCACCUGAACACCACCGAGAUGACCGAUGCCCACCUGGACACCUCAGAGGUGACCAGUGUCCACCUGGAGACCACCGAGGUGACCACUGCCCACCUGGAGAUGCCCAGUGCCCACCUGGAGAUCUCAGAACUGCCCAGUGCCCACCUGGAGACAUCAGAGGUGCCCUCUGACCACCUGGAGACCCCUGAGGAGGUGCCCAGUGCCCACCUGGAAUCCACAGAGGUGCACCUGGAACCCCCCUAGGAGGUGCCCGAUGCCCACCUGGAGACCUUGGAGGUGCCCAGUGCCCACCUGGAGACCACACAGGUGCCCAGUGCCCACCUGGACGUGUCAGAGAUACCCAGUGCCCACCUGGACACGCCUUGGAGGUGCCCAGUGCCCACCUGGAGGUGCCCAGUGCCCACCUGGAGCCCCCCAGGUGCUCCUGGCCCAGUGGGCCCUGUGCCCUGCCCCGUGCACACCUGUGCCCGCAGGUGAGGGGGGCCAGGGGGUACCUGAGGAGUACCUGAGGGGUACCUGCGCUCACCUGCCCAGGUGAGGGGUACCAGGGAGGUGCCCGGGGGUA